AUGUCGAUGGUCAUGGAAGACGAAGAAGAUCUGAGCGCGGGAGUUUCAAGCUUGACAAUUUCGUAUCAGCAGAAAAUCCGGCCACUGCUGGAUGCGGUGGAUAAGCUACGGAACCUGGACAUUAUGAAAGAGGGAAUCCAACUUCCCAGCAUUGUUGUGGUGGGCGACCAGUCCAGCGGCAAGUCCAGCGUCUUGGAGUCUCUGGCAGGCAUCAAGCUUCCCCGAGGGAUGGGCAUUUGCACCCGAGUUCCCCUCAUCAUGAGACUACAAAGUUGCAGCGACAAAUCUGAAGCCCAAAUCUCCAUCGAGUUCAAUGCCAAAAAGGAGACAAUAAAAGAGUGGGACAUAUCAUCCGAGAUUGAUGCUGCGACACAAAAAAUCAUAGGGGACGGGAAGGGAAUAAGUUACAUUCCGAUUACGCUCCACAUUACAAAAGUGGGAGCUCCGGAUUUGACAAUGGUGGACCUAUCGGGCAUCACCAGAGUUCCGAUAGCCGGGCAGCCGGAGGACAUCUACGAGCAGAUCACGGAUAUUAUAAUGCACUACGUCAUUCCAAAGGAGAGCAUCGUUCUCAAUGUUUUGGCGGCUAAUGUGGAUUUUCCCACCUGCGAAUCUAUCAGAAUGUCACAGAAGGUGGAUCCAAAGGGCGAGUGGACUCUGGUGGUGGUGACCAAGUCGAACAAGGCGCCCGAGGGGCUUCUCGAAAAAGUGACGGUGGACGCCGUCAACAUUGGGCUGGGCUACGUCUGCAUCCGCAAUGGCAUUGACGACGAAAGCAAAGCAGAAGCCCGGCGGAAAGAACAGCAGCUGUUCAGCUCCCACCCGCUGUUGGGAAAGAUCGACAAGGAAAUGGUGGGAAUCCCCGUGUUGGCGCAGAAGCUGAUGCGAAUCCAGGCCACGACCAUCAACACCACGCUACCUCAAAUCUACAACAAAAUCGACGACAUGUUGGGAAAAUGCCAAUCUGAGCUCAGCUGCUUCCCUCGGCAUUUGUGCAACCCGCGGGAGGCCGACGUGGGGUUCGUGAAGCUACUGAACAAGAUAAAAGAAUCGCUGAAGAAAAUCAUAAUUUUGGGGGAGUUUCAGCAGUUUCCAGAGGAUCCUUAG